AUGGGUGACCUUUUCCUGGCACGGGCAGGCUGUGCGAGGCGGCGGAGCCGGCGAUGAAGAAGAAGCAGCAGCAUCCCGGCGGCGGCGCGGAUCCCUGGCCCCAUGGGGCCCCUCUGGGGGGCGCGCCUCCGGGCCCGGGCAGCUGGAAGCGCCGGGUCCCCCUGCUGCCUUUCCUGCGCUUCUCCCUCCGGGACUACGGUUUCUGCAUGGCCACCCUGCUGGUCUUCUGCCUGGGCUCCCUCUUCUACCAGCUCAGCGGGGGACCCCCUCGCUUCCUGCUAGACCUGCGGCAGUAUUUGGGAAAUUCCACAUACUUAGACGACCACGGGCCACCUCCUAGUAAGGUGCUACCCUUCCCGAGCCAGGUGGUAUACAACAGAGUAGGCAAGUGUGGGAGCCGCACUGUGGUCUUGCUUCUGAGAAUCUUGUCAGAGAAGCACGGAUUUAAUUUGGUCACAUCAGACAUUCACAACAAAACCAGGCUUACUAAAAAUGAACAAAUGGAACUGAUUAAAAAUAUAAGUACUGCCGAACAGCCCUAUUUAUUCACCCGACAUGUUCAUUUCCUCAACUUUUCAAGGUUUGGAGGAGACCAGCCUGUCUACAUCAACAUCAUUAGAGACCCCGUCAACCGGUUCCUAUCUAACUAUUUUUUCCGUCGCUUUGGAGACUGGAGAGGGGAACAGAAUCACAUGAUCCGCACGCCCAGCAUGCGGCAGGAGGAGCGCUAUCUGGAUAUCAAUGAGUGUAUCCUUGAAAACUACCCUGAGUGCUCCAACCCCAGGUUAUUUUACAUCAUUCCGUAUUUUUGUGGACAGCAUCCCAGAUGCAGGGAGCCUGGUGAGUGGGCCCUUGAAAGAGCAAAGCUGAACGUGAAUGAAAACUUCCUGCUGGUGGGGAUCCUUGAAGAGUUGGAAGAUGUGCUGCUUUUACUGGAAAGAUUUUUACCUCAUUACUUCAAGGGCGUGCUCAGUAUCUACAAAGACCCAGAACAUAGGAAACUCGGAAACAUGACUGUGACAGUGAAGAAGACUGUCCCCUCUCCUGAGGCCGUGCAGAUCCUCUACCAGCGGAUGAGAUACGAGUACGAAUUCUACCACUACAUCAGAGAGCAGUUCCACCGGCUAAAGCGCAAGUUUGGACUGAAGUCUCCCGUGGGCAAGGCCCCCCCGAGGCCACACUUCUUUAUCCCAACGCCACUGGAAACCGAGGAGCCAAUCGAUGAUGAGGAACAAGAUGAUGAAAAGUGGCUGGAAGAUAUUUAUAAGAGGUGAUGCCAGCACUGUGUGGCCUCCAUGGCUCUUAUCUCCCUUUUCCAGAAAAUUCUUUGUUUGGGGAAGAAAAAUCCUUAAGGGACUAAAUUAAUGCUUGGGUGCAUUAAAAGAGCAAAACAUUCCCACAUGUUGGGG